AUGAGCUACUACUUCGCUAUAAUUGGCACGCAAGACAACCCGCUCUUCGAAUACGAAUUCGGCACGAGCAAGCAGGGCGGCGACGGCCAGGCUCGCUUCGGCGAGCAGGCGCGGCAUCUGAACCAGUUCAUCCUGCACAGCAGUUUGGACAUUGUCGAAGAGCUGCAGUGGACGACGGGGCAACUUCCCCAAACAGAAGAGGCUAUCAAGAACUUCUUUAAUGAAGUCUACGAGAACUAUGUCAAGGCUAUUAUGAGCCCGUUUUACAAGGCCAAUCAAGAAAUCAAGAGCCCUAUUUUCCGGCAGAAAGUUGCUGCGGCGGGGAGGAAGUACCUGUAA